AAACGUAUAAAAGAAAUAACUUCCCUACAAAGAAAAGUCAUACUUGGUUUCCUUAAAGGAUGCGAUACGUUUGCGUGUCUCCCGACGGGCUACGGAAAAUCUUUAAUUUACCAACUAGCAGUACGAGUGGCUGCCGAGUUAUCUGUUGUUAACAAUUACAAGGAUCUCUUCUCUACAGAACCAGUGGUUUUAGUUGUCUCUCCUUUGAAUGCCCUUAUCAAGGACCAGUUAUCGUCUUGUGAGAAACUAGGGAUCAAUGCUACCAAAAUAGAAGGCACGGAGUUGCCAUCCUUAGAAGGCACUGAAAUUGUCUACAUUAGCCCGGAAACUUUAAUUGGAAACACGCAGAUUCUUCUAAAACUUGGAGAGCGCCUGCUUGGGAUAGUUGUUGACGAGUCUCACUGCGUGAAUAACUGGUAAGAAUAGUAAUGAAAAAAUCUUAAAUCCCCAACUACUGAUAUAUUGAAGUCAACUUACAAGCCAAUGAUGCACUGAACCAUUAACUGUCAUCAAGUCAUUCAAAAUGCCCUUUCCCUGCUAGCAGAGGUCUCUCACGACGAGACCUCUGCUAGCAGGGAAAAUGCCCUCAACUAAAAUACUUAAUUCUGAGUUGAAAGGUGCUAUUUGAAAGCUAUCAUCAUUGCUUUACGUAUUUGAAAUGUAAUCACUCUUAAUUAUAAAAGACAAAGACAACUUCUAGGUGAUGACCUAAGGUAUCCAACCAAGUCUUUCUUAUUUCCCAGAUAUUAAUGCAUUUGCUCUUAUGUUGAUAAAAAGGUGCAUUACACUGUAUGUUGUUUUGCCAUUUAUGUUAUCACCAGUGCUAAGCACCCAUAAUUGACUUUUCAUAACGUUUGUCUAUUUUUUUUGAUAGGGGCUUUGGAUCUUCUCCUGAGAAAGCACCCUUUCGAGAUGCCUACAGCAAAAUAGGCAAUGUGGGGGGUUUCACAAGAGCUCCUUUACUGUGCUUAACUGCAACAGCAGCAAAGAAAACAAGAAAGCAAAUUAUCAAGACUUUGUACAUGAAAAAUGUACUUUUCAUUAGUAAGCCACCUGAUAAAAACUAUAUAAAAAUGUCAGUGCAUAAACUUUCUCAAGAAGAGGAGUUGGAAACAACAUUUUCCUGGCUGACAGAAGAACUCGAGACCAAAAAAAAUAGAACGAGCAAAACAAUAAUCUACUGUCGGUCAAUAAAUGCUUGUGGGGAAUUAUAUUCCAUGAUGGAUAGUGUUCUUGAUGGAGAUGCCAUCUCCAACAUCGCCAUGUUUCACAGUAAGACACCCGAGGCUUUGAAAACAAAGGUCUUAGAUAAUUUUAUUCCCAUGGAUGGCCCAGUGAGGGUAGUGGUUUCUACCACAGCCCUAGGAAUGGGGGUAAAUAUCCCAAAUGUGGAAAGGGUAUGCCAUUUUGGCAUCCCUGAUACCGUGGAAGAAUAUGUUCAGGAAAUUGGGUGGGCAGGACGGGAUGGGAGGAAAAGCCACAGUAUAUGGUAUUUUAAGUCCUACCAUUUGGCACAUUGCGAUGAUAGCAUGAAAGCAUUCAUCAGAAAUCCAGAAACCAAGUGCAGACGUGAGAUGGUGGCGAUGCACUUUAAAACAAAGCAUGCAAAAGUUUCCCCAUUACAUGACUGUUGUGACGUGUGUACUGAAAAGUGUGAUUGUUCCCUGUCAUCUUGCAAAGAAGGUCCUCACAUGGCCCAACCUGCUAUAGCUGAAUACAAUGCUCCAAUGAGAACUGUAGAGGAUGAUGAAAGGCAGCUUUUGCGUGAAAUUUUGCAUGAAUUAAAAGACUCCACAAAUGCCUCUGGCUCAAUAUUUGGGUCGAACAAUUUAUUGGCACAGAUAGAUGACAAUUUAAUAAAAGAACUGGUGAACAGCUGUGAGUACAUCUUCACUACAUCUUACCUGAUGGAAAACUUUGCAAUAUUUAAUAGUGACACUGCCCAACAGAUUCUCACUGUGUUUGCGGAUGUGUUUGGGGAUAUAGAAGAGGUAGAAUUUGUAACAGCUAUGGAAUUGUCAAAGUUU